AUGUCACAACGACAAUCACUAGAACACAAACGCCAUCACCACUUCGGCCGUCAUCGCAGCGGAAGCUAUCUAUCCAGGCGCGCCUCCUCUUCCUCUUCUACAACAGCAGACACACCAUCGUUCAUCAACGGCCAACCACGCAUCUUCCAAGGCACAGACGCCGUACCUCAGAACCGCAAAGUCACCCUCCAACGCGUCAUAGACACUCACCACGCUCUCGAACUCAAACAUGGCAACAGCGCACAAACACCAACAAGCACCAGCAGUGACUACCGACCGACCUCGUCGUCGUCCUCCAUGUCCAGCGACCCCUUUACCAUAGACUUCAGCGACAUGUCCUUUCCUGACGCUGAAGUCCGCGCAUUCCGCUACCUACUACGCAAAUGGGAUCCCAGUACCUGCACUCCAGAUCCCGCCUUCGAUCUCGCAGUCACGACACAGCAGCGAGAUUCCAAAGAAAAGUUUGAAGAAAGCGCUAUCAAGCAUUUUUUCAGCCGCGUCGCGCUGUGGGAUGCAAGUGCAGAGGAAAAACAGGCAUCAGGCAUGACGCGGAGCAUAUUCUUCUUCAGGAACAGACGGAGCAGGAGGAGGAGAUCGAGGGCCAAGAGCGAUGUGGGGAGGAUGCUGGGUGUUGCGGAGGAGGAAGAUGGGUCGAAGAAGGAGGACGAGGGAUUGGAGGCGUUAAAAGAGGUUACUACGAGAGAGGGGUUGGCGCAGUUACUUUGGACACUGGUACAUAGUGACGAGUCGGAGGGGAUGGUGAGGCUGAGGGAGGAGUGUAUGGGAGCGCUGAGGGAGAUGUAUCAGGUGACUGUUACGGGGGUGGAAGAGGCUUGA